CCGGGAGGGGCGAGGCCGGGAUGUCCCGCCGGAGAACCGGGCCGGAUGCUCUGCGGGGGGCUCUGCCUGCCCCCGCCCCCCGGAGCCUCAGCCUGUGAGUCAUUAACCAGGAGCAGCUGUCGUGGGAAGGAGCCCAGCCGCCUCCCAGCCCCGCCGGCGCCGGAGCGCCCCCCAUGCGGAAGUUUGGGAGCCUGGGUUCUCCCCAGCGAAGUCGGGCUCCAGAUGAUGAGCGUGCUAGCACCAGUGCGGAGGGACCGGAUCAUUGCGGAGCUGCCUCAGUGCUUUCACAAAGAGGCCGCCCUCCAUUCGCGCUCCAGCUUUCAUCCCCAAGUAAGCGGCGCCUGCCAGGAGCAGCGAACGGGGACAGUGGGGUAAGCUGUGCUGGGCCGCGGGGAACUCCCGCCUCCCAAGGGAAGGGACAGAGCCCUUUAAGAGCAGCAUGCCCCGGAUCCUGGGGACCUCAUCACGACUGCCCUGAGCCAGCCCAGGCCCGAGCCGUUUGGUGCCAGGGACAGCCCUGCGCUGGGGGAGUUUUCGGGAUGGAGUGGAACCCAAUCAGGCUGCUUUGGUUUUUCCCAGCAGCCGGGGAGGGCUGAGCAGUGUCUCUUUAAGAGCCCUGCGUGCUGGGGCAUGGCUGGAGCUUACGCACA